CGGCCGGCUGGUUUGUUAAUCUGGGUAGCAGCCGGAGUCCUGGGAAUCAAUGGGAAUUGACGCGCCGAGGUUUUACUACUACGGCAGCUCCUGGACUGGAGGGAGAAAGCGGAAGGCAGGGAAAUAAACUAAAAGCAAAGCAGCACCCCCCCGCCCAGGACCGCUCGCGCGCUCUGUUUCUCCACACUCCGCUCAACACCCAGGGAAUCCGAGGAAGGGAGCCGAAGAAAGGCGGCUAGAGGGUGGAAUAGGAGCCGGCGCAGAAGCGGACUCCGAGGAAACGGCGGAAGAGGAGCUUUGCCCCGCUGGUGCGUUUGGGGUCUUCUGGAUUUUGGCUUGUUUUGCCCUUUUGAAAACUGUGGCAACAACUUUUGGGAGUUGUGGGUCGCGGCUUCUGGGAAGGUCCUCUGGUCCAGAGCAGCAGGCCAUGCCCAGCGCUUAAAAGGGGCGGCCGGGGGAGAAGACAGCGCCACCUGAGAGGGGCUCCCCUCGUUCGUCCUCGGCUUGGCGGGGGCCGAGCGCGCCUUCCCGCCGCCCGGCGCACCUUCCGCGAGCGCGAGCCGAGAGGACGCUGCGCGCUUACCACCUCGCGGGCGCUGAGCUGAGGAAGACGAGGCCGCCGCCUGGACCAUGUAAUUGGGGAGCCGAGGAGAGCGUCCUUCCGAUUCUCCUUCUUCCUUGUCCCCGCCGAAAAAUAGCAGAAGAUCAAAGCCCGACGAUGACGAAGAAGCCGGCACGAAGAGUGCUCUGCUGGGUGAGCUUCCUCGCGAUCGCCGGCAUCUUCCGCCUCGGCGCUGCUCAGUCAGUUUGUGCUGGCACGGAGAACAAGCUAAGCUCUUUGUCUGAUCUUGAGCAACAGUAUCGUGCAUUGCGAAAGUACUAUGAGAACUGCGAGGUAGUUAUGGGUAACCUAGAAAUCACCAGCAUUGAACAUAACCGAGAUCUCUCCUUCUUACGGUCUAUCCGAGAAGUCACUGGCUAUGUUUUGGUAGCUUUGAAUCAAUUUGAAUAUCUUCCCUUGGAGAAUCUGCGCAUCAUCCGUGGAACUAAACUCUAUGAUCGUUCUGCAUUGGCCAUCUUCCUUAACUACAAAAAGGAUGGUAGCUUUGGACUCAGGCGACUUGGACUGAAGAACUUGACUGAAAUCUUAAAUGGAGGAGUAUAUGUUGGACAGAACAGAUUUCUUUGCUAUGCAGACACUAUUCAGUGGGAAGAUAUUGUUCGUAACCCUUUGGCUUCCAACUUUUCUGUGGUUCCAAAAAACAGCAGUGCAGAUUGUGGACCAUGUCACAAGUCCUGUGGAAACCGGUGUUGGGGACCUUCAGCAGAUGAAUGUCAGACCUUGACGAAGAUGGUAUGCGCUGAGCAAUGUGAUGGGAGGUGUUAUGGGCGCUCUGUCAGCGAAUGCUGCCACCGUGAAUGCGCCGGAGGCUGUUCUGGACCAAAAGACACGGAUUGCUUUGCUUGUAUGAAUUUUAAUGACAGUGGAGCUUGUGUCACGCAGUGUCCGCAGACCUCAGUUUAUAAUCCUGCCACCUUCCAGAUGGAAAACAACCGAGACGGCAAAUACACCUAUGGUGCUUUUUGUGUCAAAAAGUGCCCGCAUAACUUUGUGGUUGAUAUCAGCUCUUGUGUGCGUGCCUGUCCCAGCCCCAAGAUGGAAGUUGAAGAAAACGGCAUUAAGACAUGUAAACCAUGCACUGACAUUUGCCCUAAAGCAUGUGAUGGCAUAGGUACAGGAAGUUUGAUGUACGCCCAAACAGUAGACUCCAGCAACAUUGACAAAUUUGUCAACUGUACCAAGAUCAAUGGGAACCUGAUCUUCCUUGUCACUGGGAUUCAUGGGGACCCCUAUCACACAAUAGAAGCAAUUGACCCUCAGAAUUUAAAUGUCUUUCAAACAGUGAGAGAGAUAACAGGGUUCCUGAAUAUACAAUCAUGGCCUGAAAACAUGACCGAUUUCAGUGUGUUUUCUAACCUAGUUACUAUCGGUGGAAGAGCACUAUACAGUGGCCUUUCUUUGCUUAUUCUCAAGCAGCAGGGAAUUAGAUCUCUACAGUUCCAGUCCCUGAAGCAUAUCAGUGCUGGCAACAUCUACAUAACAGACAAUAGUAACUUGUGCUACUAUCACACCAUCAACUGGACCAGUCUCUUCAGCACUCCUAAUCAAAAGACUGUGAUCCACAGAAAUAAGAAGGCUGAAAACUGCACUACAGAGGGCAUGGUGUGCAGCCAUUUAUGCUCAAGAAAUGGAUGUUGGGGCCCAGGACCAGACCAGUGUUUGUCCUGCAAGCACUUCAUCAGGGGAAGGACCUGCGUAAAGGCUUGUAAUCUUUAUGAUGGGGAAUACAGGGAGUUUGCAAAUGGUUCUGUCUGCGUGGAAUGCGACCCUCAGUGUGAGAAGAUGGACAACAGGAGGAUCACCUGCCGGGGGCCGGGAGCAGACCAGUGCACCAAGUGCUUCCAUUUUAAAGAUGGCCCCAAUUGUGUCGAAAAGUGCCCUGAUGGCGUACAAGGGACAAACAGCUUCAUAUUCAAAUAUGCUGAUGAAGACCGUGAAUGUCACUCUUGUCAUCCAAACUGUACUCAGGGGUGUAGAGGCCCCUCUAGUCAUGACUGCAUUUACUAUCCGUGGACACGCCAGUCCACUUUACUACAACACGCUAGAACGCCCCUGAUAGCUGCCGGAGUGAUUGGAGGGCUCUUCAUCAUCGUCAUUCUCGGCUUGACGUUUGCAGUUUAUGUGAGGCGCAAGAGCAUCAAAAAAAAGAGGGCUUUGCGAAGGUUCUUGGAGACUGAGCUGGUGGAACCCUUAACCCCUAGUGGCACAGCCCCCAACCAAGCACAGCUUCGCAUUCUGAAAGAAACAGAGCUGAAACGUGUCAAAGUCCUUGGAUCUGGGGCCUUUGGGACUGUGUAUAAGGGCGUUUGGGUUCCUGAGGGAGAGAGUGUGAAGAUUCCUGUGGCCAUUAAAAUCCUGAAUGAGACAACUGGCCCCAAAGCCAAUGUGGAGUUCAUGGAUGAAGCUCUUAUAAUGGCAAGCAUGGACCAUCCACAUCUGGUACGGCUACUAGGAGUCUGCUUGAGCCCAACCAUCCAGCUAGUUACUCAGCUGAUGCCCCACGGCUGCUUAUUGGACUAUGUUCAUGAACACAAGGAUAACAUUGGCUCCCAGCUGCUGCUUAACUGGUGUGUCCAGAUAGCCAAGGGAAUGAUGUACCUGGAAGAGAGGCGAUUGGUUCACAGAGACUUGGCAGCCAGGAAUGUCUUAGUGAAAUCACCAAACCAUGUGAAGAUCACAGACUUUGGCUUGGCCAGGCUACUGGAAGGGGAUGAGAAAGAGUACAGUGCCGAUGGAGGAAAGAUGCCAAUUAAGUGGAUGGCUCUUGAGUGUAUACAUUACAGGAAGUUCACACAUCAGACUGACGUCUGGAGCUAUGGUGUCACCAUUUGGGAGCUUAUGACCUUCGGCGGAAAGCCCUAUGAUGGCAUCCCAACAAGAGAAAUUCCUGACUUGCUAGAGAAAGGGGAGCGCUUGCCACAACCUCCGAUCUGCACAAUUGAUGUUUACAUGGUGAUGGUGAAAUGUUGGAUGAUUGAUGCGGACAGUCGCCCGAAGUUCAAGGAAUUGGCUGCUGAAUUUUCUAGAAUGGCUCGAGAUCCUCAGAGAUACCUAGUCAUCCAGGGUGACGAUCGCAUGAAACUCCCAAGCCCAAAUGACAGCAAGUUUUUCCAGAAUCUUCUGGAUGAGGGAGACCUGGAAGACAUGAUGGAUGCUGAAGAAUACCUCGUCCCUCAGGCGUUUAACAUUCCUCCCCCCAUCUAUACAUCCAGGGCAAGAAUGGACUCCAACAGGAGUGAAAUUGGACACAGCCCUCCUCCUGCCUACGCCCCUAUGUCAGGAAACCAAUUUAUCUACAGAGAUGGCACCUUGGCUACCGAACAAGUAAUUCCUUUGCCAUACCGAGCUGCCAUGCCAAGCAUAGCGCCAGAACUUCCCAUCAUGCAAAGUGCUGCCGAGAUCUGCGAUGAUACUUGCUGCAAUGGCACUUUGCGGAAGCAAGUGGCUAGCCUUUCACAGGAGGACAGCAUCACUCAGAGGUACAGCGCUGACCCAACAGUUUUUAUACCCGAACGGGGGCCAAGAAACGAGCUGGAUGAAGAUGGAUACAUGACUCCAAUGCCAGAAAAGCCCAAAACAGAUCACCUGAAUCCUGUGGAGGAGAACCCAUUUGUCUCUCGGCGGAAAAAUGGUGAUCUCCAAGCACUGGACAACCCAGAAUAUCACAACGGCCAAAACGGCCCACCCAAAGCAGAGGAUGAAUAUGUGAACGAGCCACUGUACCUCAACACCUUCACAAGCACCUUCGAGAAUGCAGAGUACCUGAAGAAAAACGGGCUUCCAUUGCCAGAGAAACCCAGGAAGGCGUUUGACAACCCAGGUUACUGGAAUCACAGUCUGCCCCCACGGAGUACCCUACAGCACCCGGACUACCUGCAGGAAUACAGCACAAAAUAUUUUUACAAACAAAAUGGAAGGAUCCGGCCCAUUGUGGCAGAGAACCCCGAAUACCUCUCAGAGUUCUCCCUGAAGCCUGGCACAAUGCUGCCCCCUCCACCCUACAGACACCGAAACACAGUGGUGUAACCCCCAAAGCAUGGAAGUCAUGGGGGACCCACAUACCAGCACUCUCCUUUCUCCUCCGUCUCCGUCUCCCUUCUCUUCUGUCCCUUCUUCUUACCUUCUCUUCUCCUUUUCUUGCCAGUUCUUCCUUCAGGUGGAUGUCUGCAAACGGAAAGGCACUUGUUCCAGGAAGCCGGGAAGAAAGAAAAGUAAAGAAUCAACAAAGCAGUGGGGAGGGAGGGCGAGAGAGAGAAAGGCUGGCAUUUCUCACUUUCUGUGCACCCACAGGGCCAGGAGGUCAGACAAGCCAAUGAAUACUAGUAAAAGCCAGUGGCGCUGUUGCCUGCUGUCCAACUAGUUCUCUGCAUAGCGAUUCAGCUUUGAUGCUGCAGGGAAAGUCACAACAGUGCCAGCUUCUAUCAGCAGCAAAUGCUGAGAGCCACUGGAGCAAUUCUGGAGGGGGCAGUGCCGUUUUGGGCAGGGGGAGGGAAAAGAGAGGGUAGGAAAUGACAUUUUUUUUAAUAUCACAAGUGAUGACAUAAUGAGAUUGAGAAUCCAACUUCUUUCUUUAACACUUUAUAUUCUACCACAUAAACAAAAUGGCUAACCCAGCUUGCCAUUCCCAUCUUGUUCACUAUGUCCAUCCGUCCGUCCAAGGGAUCACUUUGAAGAUCACAUGACUCCCCGGCCAGUCCCCCGUUCUCCACCACUUCUGCAGUUGGGGGUCUGUUUUCUAACUGCACAGACCUAACUUCUUCAUGCUUCUGUGCAUGACACUACCGGUUUUCUACAGGUCAAUAGGAGAACAAAUGUUUUGAAAGCAAAAAUGAUUUCAGGACAAAAAUGCCAAAAUUAUAGGGAAAACAACAACAUCUCAUUUUUUGAGGGCACGCCACCAACCAAGAUUUAUAUGCACAGAGCCUCCUGUUCAUGUUUUAUACUUCUUGAAUACAAAAUGUAGCUAUUCUCUCCUCAGUUUCUUCUGGUUUAUCAGCUAAAGUUGGGAAGCAGUAGAGAAUACCGAGGACUGGACAGAGGGAGAAAAUUCAUCGUUGUUGUUGUUUUAAUUCAUGGUUUUGGGGUUGUUUUUGUUUUAAGGGUGACCUGCUUCUCAAGGAGGCAGGGUCAGGAGGGAGACUUCAAUCCAUAAGGAAGAAUCUGACUGAGUAAAACGCACAUGGCAGAUCACUGGAAAAUUCAUUUGCACUUAAGCUACGGUUUUAAUUUUAAUUUUAAUUUUUGUCCUCACCCUGAACUGUAUUCUGGAAUCUGAAUGAAGCAAUAUGGAAGUGACCAGCAAAAUAAAACAAUUUAAAAUGUAAAAUGAAUUAUUAUGACGAUGAUAUAUAGAUAUAGAUAUAUAUAUAAAAGAUGACUGUGGAAAAUGCCGAAACAAAGUGAAGUCUUUGGAACUUUGCUCAUCAAUGCAACAACUGCUCACAGGAAAACUGUUGAAGGAGUAACUAGCCUUGAUGCCUCAGAAAGGAAAGUGGAUUACAGGGCAGGGGAAAUUGCAGGAAGAUGUACUGGACUGACUUGGACUAACCAACAAAGACUGUGGUGAGGCCUGCUUAUUUAUUGCUCUCCUAGCACAAAGAAGAAACACGAAGCAAGGUUUUAGAAAUUCGGGGUGUGCAUGGCUAUUACAUUCUCAGUCAAACCUGUAAAUAAUUUCCCUACGAACCUUCAUUCACAACUGGCUUUUACAUGCUGUUUUUAAUUUUUUUAAAAAAAAUGGUGUUUUUUUUAGUUUGUUCCCUUCACGACUGGAUUUUUUUUUAGCUCGAGUUUAUUUAUACAGCUCUGAAGACAGAAUAGCUAGUAGGAGCAAGGGGGGGGGAAUCACCCUCAUUCUUACAGUGCAAUCCUAGGCCUGUCUACUCAGAAGUAAUCCCCAUUGAUUUCAAUGGGGCUUAAUCCCAGGAAAAUGGAUUGCAGGCUCACUAUAUGUUGAAUGAAAUUGCAGGAGAGGCAAUAGUAUUUUGCUGUAUGCACUUUAAUAAUGAUUAAAACCAAGCGCAUCGAAUAAUGGCAGGGAGCUGUGUCAAAAUACUCCACAUUUCCUCUUAAACUGAAAAGAAGUCAAGGGGUGCCUUCAGCAUUUUAGAGGAGCAUGUUAGGGGAUGUUUCAAGAGCUAGCUUUCAGGUUUAUUCUGCUAAAUGAGCAAACCUCAUAGUUUCAGCAGUUGACUUCAUACAGGUAACCAUUUGCUCAUAAAGUAUGUUUCUGUGAUGCUGCAGCCUCUCUCUGUCACCAAGCAACCGGGUAGUACAGUACUUAUUUAUGACUGGAAUUUAAGGGGCAAGACAGCUGUGUGGGGGAAAGGGAAUGCUAAAAGUCUCAGCCUUUGAAAAAUGGUUUAGCACUGCCCUACUAACCCUAUCAGGGACGCGGGUGACGCUGUGGGUUAAACCACAGAGCCUAGAGCUUUGCCGAUCAGAAUGUCAGUGGUUCAAAUCCCCGUGAGGGGGUGAGCUCCCGUUGCUUGGUCCCAGCUCCUGCCAACCUAGCAGUUCGAAAGCACAUCAAAAUGCAAGUAGAUAAAUAGGAACCGCUACAGCGGGAAGGUAAACGGCGUUUCCGUGUGCUGCUCUGGUUCACCAGAAGCGGCUUUGUCAUGCUGGCCACAUGACCUGGAAGCUGUACGCCGGCUCCCUCAGCCAAUAUUGCAAGAUGAGCACCGCAACCCCAGAGUCGGUCACGACUGGACCUCAUUGUCAGGGUCCCUUUACCUUUACCUUACUAACCUUAUCUCUUGAACACCAACAGAGUGACCCCCAAAGGCUCUCAGUGACCAAGGCAGGACUCCUUGCAUUGCCGUCACAUCCAGGGUCCAGAACAGGUGUUGCUGCCUCAGCAGCUAUCAGCACAAAGCCCCAGGCAAGUUGAGCAGAGAAGAACCAGAACAUGGAGCCAGGGCACGGGGAGCUCUUCCCACACCCAAUCCUCUGGCCAAGGUAGAUUUUGAAAGCGCAUCAUCCUACAAGCCAUUGUACUUCCCAUGGUCACCCAAGAGUGGCCUCUUGGUACGGUCCAAGUAGCAAACUCAGAUUGUGAAGCCAUUUUGAGAAGCACUGGUGAUCCACAUUUGACAUGUCUUGAGAAAACCCAUGGAACCUUUUGCUUCUUGAGGUUCCUUUGCUUGGGUUUAUUGUGUUUAUUCUGGCCCCCUGGUAUAUAAUGAUAGCCAGACAUGGCAUGAAUGUAUAUUUAAAGAUGAGUGAUAACUGCCCUCUAGCUACUGUUCCCUGCCGCUGGGAUCCAGCAUGUUAUUCCGGUCACCCUCAUAUAUUCUGUCAGCAAGAAUGGCUCCCACUGCCAUAGGGAUCCCAGUAAACAUGAUGGGGCUUAGCCCUCCUUCUGGUGGCUGCACCCGGUCGACUCUCUUAUGUCUGUGCACAGGAGAUGCUGGUAGGCAGGAACCCUGGGAUUUCUGGUUCUCAAAAGUGCAUUCCAUAUCAACGAGCCAAUAUAUUUCUCUGUCUUUCAGACUACAGGUUCUUGAACUUCCUGAACCAGUUCAAUCUCUCUCUGCCCAGAAUUGAGCAAAUUCUGUACUAAGUUACUACCUGAGCCUCAUUGAGCUUAUAAUGCAUAUUUUUAGGUUUAUUUUGCAUUAAAGAUGGAGCCGAGUGAGACCUGGCUUCACAUUGGAUUGGCCUUAUUUCUGCAUGUAAAGUAUUAGUCUGCCCAGUUAUUGGAAAUUACUUUUUUUUUGGUGAGAGUAGUUUUCUUCUUCCUUCCACUAAAGCAGUACAAAACUUGGGUUCUUCCAGCAAAUGCUUAAUUUUAAGUAUCUGCAUUUAAUCGCCAGGUAGAAGAGUGCUUACUGUAGGCAUGAAACUUAUUUCCAGUUACGCAGUUCCUCUAAAAAAAUAUUGUUUAGUUACUCAAAAUAUGUGUCAAACUGCAGUGAGAAGGAAGGAAACAUUCAUAAUACAAUGUUUAGUGCCGGAAUCAAUUGCACAAUGGACAGAAAUGUGUGCAGGCCUGGUGAAGUUUAUUCUCUUGAUGUGCUGGCCAAAUUCCCAUUUGUCACAGCAGAAAGGCAGUGUGUGCAGAACACAAAGAAUUGGUGUCCGAGUGUUGGCUGCUCACUGAUUUCAGAAGUUUUAGUUUACCCCUUUAGGGAGGUGGUAGAGAGUGGCUUUUAAGAGGCUUCUGAAAACCGGUUGUGUUGUCCCAGGGGUGACUACAGGGAGAAAGUGUUAUUUUCAUAUCCAACUUAUGGGCUUCUACUACCAUUGGAAAUAAGAUGGCCUACUAAGUAGGGUUGUUCCUACAUUCUUAGGGAGCCUGCUAGAUGAAAGCAGAACAUUCUUUGACACUACAGAUGCUGCAAGUGUAAAGGAAACAUUUUCUUUCUACCAUCAGUGGACAUUUCACUGGUAUAGCCAUUGUCCCCACGUCACAACAGCCAUAUAUACCAUAGGAUUACUGAGGCAAAGUUAUGAUGGUUUCCAUGGGUCUUCAAAUAUAGAAGUCUCCAGACAGAUAGAUGUCUGACCAUUUCACAACGAAGAGCAUACAGGGCAGCUCUUCUCCUGGUAACUGCUGGUUUUGGCUCCUUUGCAAAUGGAUCCUAUGUAGAGCUAUGCGCUGUUAGUUAGCAAUACUUCAGUUCCCCAGAUUACUUGUUUCAAAACUGGUGGUUCAGGAAUCCUCAGCAGGUUAGUGUGUUUGCUUAUAGUUGACAGAGCGUAUGUUAUUGAGAACCUAAAGUCCAAUAGGACUGAGCUGCCUCAACGAACGUAAAUGGAAAGCUCUCCAGAAAUUCAAGGGAUAGCAUUCAAUCCUGCUCUCCCCAUAUGUAAAAAGCCUUUACAAGCAAAAUGGCAAUAUAUAUUUGCUUCCUAUAAGGAGUAAAAGCCUGUGCAAUUGAGGACCUCCCUGUGCACUUGAAUAGAAUGGGGGGAGGCAGGGGAGAGAAAUUCAUCAAAGCAUCUUAGCAUCCUAUCGCUAACCAAAGAUGGAAACCUGUUUAUGUGUGGGGCUUUUGAAGGCUUUUGGCAAUUCAAGAUAAGUACUGCAUAAAGAAAACAAUCCCGCAGAGUAAAAGAAAAUGUAAAUAGUUUGUCCCCCCAAAGCAGUACCUUCUCUCAAAAUAUGAAUUGAUGGAGCAUAUUAACUUUUAAUUCUGGGAAAAGUCAGUUUGAUUGUGUGAGAUGAAAUCCAGGCUGUGAAUCUGUCUCUUAUUCCAGAGGUGCCUGGAUGCAGGUCCAUUUCUAUCUAUUUGAAGCAGAGGUGGCUUUCCAGGUGUUGCUGGACUGCGACUCCCAUCAUCUCUGACCACUGGCCACACAGGAUGAGGUCGAUGGGAGCUGAAGUCCCACAACACCUGGGUGGCUCCUCUCCUGCCCCACUUUAAAGUUUUUGGAAAUAACAGGGUUGGGCCUAUCCAGGUGGUGGCAUGAAAAAAGGGAUUGCAAUUAUUCACCUAAUGCCAGUUUGUUCAACAGUAAAACUGUACAGGCUUUUGGGAACUGACAGAAAGGAAAACUCCUUCCUCCAUGCCAUGGCCUCAGCCCAGACUAUGAAUGGAAGGAUUUGUGAAUUUCAUAUAUAUUUCAGGUAACCCAAAUAAGCUUCUCAGUUGUCCAUGUUUCCAGCCUUAAAUUGUUCUCCACAUUUUGCAGCAAUCUGUGAUUUUAAUUUUUUUUUAAAAAAAAUCCUUAUGAAAAUUCAUUAUUUCAGAGCAUUUCCCUUUUUUAUCCAUGGUUUAUUGGGCUUUUCACAUUAUUACAAUAAAAUGGUAUAACCCUUUAGUAGUCGUCGCCCCCCCCCGCCCCGUUUUGCUCCCUCUCUUUGAGCUCAUGGCCUCUUCAUCUUUUUUUGUCUAGCUACAGUAUUAUCAUCUCUGGCACUCAGUUAUUUGUGCUACAGUGUGUCUAGGUUUCCGCGCUCAGAUGAAUGUGUGUCAAUGUUCUGCUGUAGUCCUAGAUUAACAUUCAUUAACUUGGGGAAAUUCCCAUUGCUGCAGUGUGCCUCCUAUCACAUCUAAAUGCAGAUAUUAUUUGGCGAAGAGUUCCAGAAAUGCACUCAAAAUCUCUUGGAAGCUUGAACUUUCAUGUAGUUUGUAGAGCAGCAUUUUCUCAUGGGAUGCUGGUUGCAGGAGGUCCUGUAUCCAGGUUGCUGUGCUUGGUGUAUUCCAGAUAGUUCCAAUAUUUAUUUUGAUGACAGCAUGGCUCAGUGGAGCCAUCCUUCUUGUGAUUUUGACAAUCCCCUCCUGGCAGGUAUGCAGCCAACUGCAGUGGUGGAGUUGCCUGUUAAGAGGGAUUUGUACAGAACCAGAUAAAUUCUAGCCCCUGCACUUCAUUCCAAAAAAAUUGCAUUACUGGGCAGUUCCAUAGUAGGUGAGUUAUGUCUUGUUGUGCAGUUUUGACUAAUGUACAUAUUUCUAAAGCACUUUUCCAUAAUACAAUCAUUUCUGCAUGUUAUUUUCCCUCAAUAUUUUCAUUUUUAUUUACACUUCCCCUUAAAAUAUGUAAACAAUGGUUGGUUGGAAACUGCAUCACAAAACUUGAAUUCAGUACAGUUUUGAAGGAUAGCUGUGUUUGCUUUGCAUAUUGUUUCCAAAAUACAAAUUUACAAAUUGAUUCGGUUUUCAGUGCUUCCUGGAUCAAGUGUCUCCCUCAUCCCUAGUCCAGACUCUUCUUCUCACAUGUACACCAAGGUUAUACAGUGGUAUCUCAACUUACGAAUUUAAUCCGUUCCGAACGGACCUCCGUAAGUCGAAAAAAUCGUAAGUCGAAGCCAAUGGGGAUUUUUUUAAUUAAAAAAACGUCAGUUGGAAAAAUCCUAUCUAAACCGCAUCCAAAAUGGAGGACGGAACUCUGUUCGUAACUCGAAACAUUCGCAGGUCGAGGUACCACUAUAUUUUAAAACUUUGAAUGUACCAAAUAGCUACCUGCUUAUGUGCCAUUACCUAAGCAACCAGACUGAUUCUCCUUCCUGCAAAAGGAGAAGCAACCUUUAAACUAGCUGGAAGCAUUUAUUUUUUCUGUUUUUGCUUGGUAGAGAUAUCUUCCUUUCUCUAGGUUAGUAAACACACGCUUGUCCUUACGCCAUCGCCAGAGGGUCAGGCAACUUUCACUUCCGCCCAGCUUGCUUCUGCCGUGUCCAGCCUUUGGCAAAGCAUUCUUAGGGAACAUUCUUUGGGAAACUGCAUGAAAUGAUGGGCUCUGAUCUGUUCCAGUAGACCAAACUGAAUUCUUAGUGCAGUUUAAUCUUCAUCUCACCACCUUUAAAAAAACUAUUCUUUAAUAACCAGCAUGUCUCCCUUUAAAUGCAAAAAAAAAGCCUGUGAGUAGCGUGAUUUCAUUGGGAUCAUGUUGCUAAGAAAGACAACAGGAUAAAUAAAGCUUCCAGCCUCAUCUUCUCAGCGGUAGCAGCUCGGCUGUGAGAACUAUGUCCUCAGGCUAGACGUCCUUCUGUUUGUGUUGAAGAGCCCUGUAGUUAGCACUGCUAACUGCUUUGCAUCCUGUAGAUUAAAGAAAAUAUACCCUGCCACAGUGGAAAUCACACAGGUAUCGAUAUUGCACAAUUUGUGGGAAAGUUAUAGAAGUUAGGCAAUACCCUGCCAUAGCCUUCCUGUAGUUUAUAUCACUGAGGAAACUUCCAGAAGUGACAAAGGAGGAAAAUAAUUGACAUUUGCUUCAAGCAGGGACACAGCAAACCAGCCAAAACACACAGCAGUCACGACUUGAAGAUAAAGGGGCUUGAACUCUGGGUACCGUGGGAAAUGUUACCUCUCUUGAAAGGCACACGCUCCAAGGGCGCGAGCUUUUUCGCUCUAAAUUAUUAUACAUUGCCUUAUAUUGCCCUUUACAGAGGUGCGAUGCGAGUUUCUUGUCAGCUGUUAUUUGGGCUCAGAGCCCAAAGGAAAUACUGCGAGUUACAUUUUCAAAGUAUUCGCUAAAACCAGAAGCCAAAACUGAAGCUGAAAGUGCUGCAUGCUUCCAGCAGCUGAUUUGUUUAAAGAAAUCACCUUUAUUGCUCCAACAUUCUCAGUUAAAAACAACAGAAGUGAGGAAUAUUCUGCCCACUCAAGGAAUGGGGAAAGGCAGAGUCGUCUUGUCUGAACAUUUUUAGUUGUAGUUUUCCUUGUGCCUUAGCUUUCAUAAGUAUCUCUUUAUUUGGUGUUGUUUAAUUAUAUUUACAUUUAAGACUUUUCUGUGUAGCCUUCUUCAGGCAUACCUUUAAAUGUUCAGAAGACAUGGAGGAGGGCAGAGGGGAAGAAAUUUCUUUCUACUAGAGCUGUAGAGUUAUUGUGCAAGCAGACAGGAAGGUAGAUUUGGAUUCCCAAAGUUUACUUCAUGUGUGUGAUGCUUUCAAUCCCAUCUUUGGAACUUUAUAAUUUUCUCCAUAUUGGAAUGGGAAAAUUAGUUCUAUGGUUUCCCUGUUCCUCUUUGCUUUCAAAACAAUGCCCCUUAUAUUUCGCUCAUUUUCACUUAAACUCCGACUUCCCAGUGCUGCUAAUGUUGAGUAUUGAGCAAAGCAAAACGAAUGCAGGCAAGAAAUCACUGUGUUUCUAUAAUAGGCAUUAAUUUUACAAGGCAUCGUAAUACACUGAAAAUGGUUGGUACUGGCAAGCCUGUGUGUUUAGGAUGUUGUAGCUGUGCUGGCCCCAUAGUAUGUGAGGUACUGUUAAAGGUAUCAUUAGAACAGGUAAAUGGGAUGUAUAAUACUGUCCCAACUUUAUGGGCUGUUGAACCGUACAAAGUUCUCUAGUAAGCACAAGUACUAAGACCAAGAAUAAAAGGAACUAGAUUAAGUGUUCUCAUAGAUCUAGGCUAAAUAGCCCAUAUUAACAAAUAUCCAUAUAUAUAUAUGGCAUGGUUUCCCUCAGUGAAUCCUGGGCAUUACAGUUUGGUGAGAAUGUUUUUAGCGGCUCCUAGAAUCUUCACAGAUCUGCAUUCCCUAGCAUUCCUAAGGAAGUCAGAGUGACCAAUUAAGUCUGUAAGGGUGUCUGUGUUAAUUAAAUUAAGUUACUGUAUUUUCCCGUGUAUAAGAUGCCCCCAUGUAUAAGUUGCCCCCUAUUUUUGGGGACUCCAAAUUAGGAAAACACCCCUCAGCACUACCUGUGUAUAAGACGGGCCCCAAUUUUAAACCUAUUUUUUUUGUUAAAAAAACCCCAUGCUCAUACAUGGGAAAAUACGGUAAUUUGACCUUGCCUUGAGUUCAGGUUUCAAGCCCUUUAGGAACAUAGUUGUAGAAAAAUAAAAUGAUGUUGGAGUUGUUUCUUUGGAUGCUAUUUCUUUACAUGACUCAGUUGAAAUUAGGGACAAAUGUAAACCAAGGAUAUUCCAUGGCCAGAGACACCAGCACUUCAGAAUGCAGCAGGCAAAUUUGUAUCUUUUCCUUCCUUCAGUGUUUGCACUUAAAAACAAGCAAGGGACAGAUUUCAAUUUUCUUGUUCCCUUGUGAAGUAAUUCCCUACAGCACAAACAGUGCCAUUUCACUCCCAUAUUCACAGAGUGAUUAUACAGUUAGCUGUAAUUAUUAUUGAUCUUGUUGCGGUAGCAUGUUACACAAUGUUGUAAUCAUUGUGUGCGCACAUAGCCUGCCACUUCAGAAAAUGUGCUUAUGCACAUCUUUGACUUUAAUCACCUGGGGGCUUGAUGCAAACCAGCUGAAAUUUAGCAGGGAACAACCCAUUGAUUUCGAUGGUACCUGUGUUAGACACUUAUGUCAGAUCUAUUUACACUGAGCACAAAGGUAAGUUCUUUUCUGAACCAUAUCUUAAGUUGUGAGUUUCCUUAGCCUCUGAAGGCAUAUAGCAAAGGAUGCUCAUACUUUGCAUCAAAGUCUCCACCAAGAAAGAUGGACUUCAGCACUCAGUACGUAUUGAGAAGAUCAAUAAUGUUUAUGCAAGUUUUCUUUUUUUGCAUAGAAAUAAUCAAUUGCAUGCAUUAUGCUGAAGCAGCUACAUAGGGUGUUCUUGUUGUUUUUGCUUUUGCACUAGUUGUGUUGGUAGAAGCUGUAGGAUAGGUAUUAGUAACUGCGGGUUGUUAAGAGGUUUUUAGGAGAACAGGAGUAGGGACCAUGAAGUGUGAACAAAUAGCCAUACAGCAUUCAGUACUGAUGCUCACUGGAAACAACUUCCUUCUUGUGCAGACAUAACUUGCUAGUUUUCAAAUUAAUUUCCAGUGUGAUAAGCAGAAACAUGCUUUGCUUUUUUAAAAACAAACAAACUGUAAAAGUCUUGCAAAUCUGAGUCCUUUGUCAAACACCAGCUUUCAUGGGCAUGGAUUCACAGCAAAUGAAUAACAUUAGCCCUAGCAACUGACUGGAACAGAAAGUCAAUGAAAAGAGAGAAGAAAAUCAGGGUGAUACAGCAAGCCUUUUGCUAACUUACAGGGAAGGCUAACCUUACAACAAAAUUUGAAUAGGUACUAUCCAGGGUGACAGGAUGCACUGAAAGGUGGGCUACUUUAAAUGCACCUUUGAGCUACUCACAAGGGAAAAGCACCUUUGUUUGGAUUAUGUUAAUAACCAUUGUUUGAAAACAAUUCCUUUCCACUGGCAUGAAAGUCAGCUUGCAUUACAUAAGCACUCGGCGGACUAAACCAUUUUGGGGGCAAAAGCCACAGUAACAAACUGUGAAUGGUAUUUUAUAAGUGUAGAUAUGUAAUCCGUUAUUUUGAAGUGAGGUACUAUGAAAUAUGUAGCAUAAAACGGUACUGCUGUUAAAUGGGUCGAUAAUUAAACUGAGCAGCUGUGCAAAGGUAAGCUAACUUUGAAUGCAAGGAAACAAAAACAAAAAAAAGAUCCCCUGGAAGCAGGAAAUGCAUAAUCCAGUUAAAAGAAUUGCUUGGCUGUACACAGUUUCUAGUCCAGUUGAAAUCACUGGCCAUUUGGAUACAGACAGGGUAUCUGUUCUACACAUGGACGUGAUCAGGAGGGACGGAACUGGUUCAAUCUGUUCAAGCAGCAACAAUUUACAUGUUCACAAUGGCCUGCCACAUUCUGAACCCAUCUGAGCUAGCCACAACUGCCAAUGAUAUUAAACUUACAUAUACCCAAGUAUGAUGCCCUAACAGAAUUGAGUGUCAAGCUCAAAGCCAGUACAAUGUACAUUAUGUCUGCUCUUUAACUUUUUCUCUGCUGAAAUACUGAUUUUCUGAGGGGUUUUUUAAAAAAAGAAUAGGGGUGUUUUUCCAAAAUGAACCUGCAGGUUGGUUUUUCCCACCCUCUUUUCUAGUUCUGGCCACCAGAUCCACACACACACACAGUUGGUUAGAGUGUGGUGCUGGUGACGCCAAGGUCACAGGUCUGAUCCCCAUAUGGGACCGCUGCCUAUUCCUGCAUUGCUGGGGGUUGGACUAGAUGACCCUCAGGGUCCCUUCCAACUGUAUGAUUCUAAGGGAGUGAUUCAGUUGUUUAGCUCUAUAGUGACUAAGCCAUGCUACCCUGUAAACUCGCCUAGUUUGUAAAGUAACUUUAAGUUCAUCAUAGCAGAUACAAAAGGGAAAGGUUAAACCAAAUGGAAUGCAUGUAAUUUUUAUGUACAUGCAAUGUACUGUAUUUUGUUAGGUUGGAACUCCUUGUUAAGAUUGGAGCCCAUUUUUAAAAAUUUUCUAACAUGUUUAACAUGUUUUCCCUUAUUAAUAAAAAGCUUUUAAUUUGUUUUUGAAUAAAACUCAAUAUGGAAGUCGCUUUCCUUUCUAAAAUAAAUAUGCCUCACAAUCUGCUUCCUAACCCAGUUCAGACUUGGGGCAAUUAAUGCUGCAAUCCUAUACACACUUCCCUAUUCGUAAACGCCACCGAACUCAGUGGGGCUUAGUUUUGCAACAAUGUGCCUAAGAUUGCACUGUUAGUCCAACUGGUUUCAGUGGAGCUAAAUUUAGUUAAAUGCAAGAAACACAACAUGUUCAUGGUAGCAUUGAAAGUCCCUUAUUCAAAACAAAACAAAAAAAUUCCUUCCAGUAGCACCUUGGAGACCAACUAAGUUUGUCAUUGGUAUGAGCUUUCGUGUGCAUGCAUACUUCUUCAGAAUAUUCAGAAUAUUCUUUUAGCCACAUGGUUUUUAGAAAGCUUGAAUUAUGGACCAGUUUCUAACAACCAAUACACUCUGACAAAGAAAAGUGGUGAGUUUGUCAACUUCAUUUAGUCCCAAACUUGCUCUGCUGUUUUUAAAUGAUGGACACAGGAAUGGUGCACACAGACAAAAAUUUGAAUCCUAGUCUCUUAAGAACCUCUCCCAGUGUAGCAACAUUGUUCGUUGACAGAACUGUGGCCAAGCUGGAUCCUAAACAAAAUUAUUUGCUAGUGCAGUAUGUCUUAGGAUUGAGCUGUGAGAACAUCCUGGGUUUAGCUAUUUCAUUGGAUUCCUAGUACAACUGUUAAAAAAAUGCAAAGAACAAAAUAUUUUCACCUUGUAAACUUCCAGGAAACCUUCCAGGAAAGUGACACAAUGCGUCCACGUAUUGUGGAUUUUGCACCCUCAUUUCAUGUGACACAAUGCAUUCAGAGUUAGCUGCCUUUUUCAAACAAAAAUUUAAAAACAAAACUACUGUAUGUUAAUUUGAAAAUGUGAAUAGUAUUUUUAUAGCUUGUUAAAGACAUGGCUAGUUGCAUAUGUAAAUAAGGAUAAUGUAGUUUUUAUUUUCCUUUGUGGGCCUCAUUCCUUGGAACAUAAUUAUCUUAAGGUUGAUUUGUAUAUAAGUAAUUGGCUUGUGAUUCCAUCCCCUCUCCUUUCCCCCUCCCAUUUGCCCCCUAUUUGUUUCUCUCCUUGCAGGUUCGAUUGGAGGUCUCAUUUUGACAUUCUGUGUGAUUCUGUGUUAGCACUAUUGUGGUGUGUUCAACCUCCUGCACCUGCUUACACAGUAGGAUAUGACAAAUUGUGUGUGGUGUUACUUUAACCUUUAGUUUUUUCAUCUUUCAGCUAUGAAGGAUUAUGCACUGUUAAAAAUUACAUAACUAACUUUUGUUAAUAUUUAGCUAUCUAUAUAUUUUAGUAUCAUUUCCCUUUCCUUUUGUUUUUGGAAGCUGUGGGAGAAACCAGUGUCUCUUUUUCCUUCCUUUGUGUGGUUAGGAUUGUUCUUUUUCUGUAUUACCUCCCAAGUUCUUUGGAAACUUUUAUCUGUUUGUUAGGACAAAUGUAGAUUACAACCUGCUUUAGCUUCAUCCCACACUGAUCAUCCCAGCUGAACAAUUUGAAAACUGUUCUGCUUUUUUGUUACAUGAAUCUGUCAGAAAUAUAUUUUUAAUUUAAUAUAA